UAACCAUACUGUUGUGCCCGCUUUAUCAAACUCUCUUUCCUGCCCUGCAAACAGUCUGUGGGUGCAUUCACCCCUGAAGCACAGAUAUGGCAGACAUCAGCAAAACCGAGAAAGCUCAGCUGUUCAUUCCAGACCUGCAGGAACUGCAAACUGUAUUGCAAGCAGGACUGGAAGACAACUUUGCAGAAGUUCAGGUCAGUGUUGUGGAGUGUCCAGAUCUCACUAAAGAACCAUUCCACUUUCCUGUUCAAGGCUUAUGUGGAAGUCCUAGAAUCACUGAUGUGGGUGGUGUACCGUACCUCAUUCCUUUGGUUCAGAAGCACAAGGAAUACAACAUGAACACUAUAUCUAAAGAGCUGGAGCUGCCGGGAGCUUUCAUCCUUGGAGCAGGAGCUGCUCCUUCCAGGAUAGUUGGAAUGAAUGCAGAGCUGAUGCCUCAGGUUCUCACAGAGGCGGAGGGAAGGCCUGCAGUGGACAGCAGUUACAUGGCCUCCAUCAAUCCGGCUGAUGGCCAGUGUCUGCAAGAAAAAUACAGCGAGAAAUUCUCUGACUGCAGCUUUGGUCUGUUGGCUAAUCUGUAUGCAUGUGAAGGGAAAUCUGGAAAGGUCAUAGAGGUGCGGGCCAAGAAGAGAACAGGAGGCCACAGUAUCGUAACAGCCUUGAGGAAGACUCUUGAAAGCCACUACCCCGAUAAAAGCCUGGCUCUCGGUGGCACGUUCAUCAUCCAGAAAGGGAAAGCUAAAAUCCACAUCAUGCCAAGGGAGUUCUCAGUCUGCCCACUCAACACGGCUGAUGAGGUCAACAGCUGGCUUAAGCACUUUGAGGUCAGCGCUCCACUCAUCUGCCUGUCAGUGCUGGUUUCCAGAGAUCCUGGUUUGGACCUCCGCGUGGAGCACACACACUGCUUCAGUCACCAUGGAGAAGGUGGACACUACUACAUAGACACAACCCCCGACAGUGUGGAGUACCUGGGCUACUUUGUGCCAGCAGAGUUCGUCUAUCGUAUUGACAGACCCAAAGAGACUCAUGGAGUUGGACGAGACUGAAACAAUUAAUGACUUAAUCAUAUGAAAUGAUUUAAAUUUCUUUUUUUUCCCUCCUAAAUUUCCUUAAGUCUGUCUUUUAAUCUAUCUGCAUGUAAAAUCGUUAUUUAGAAGUAGUUCUGUUUGAAUAAUUUCUCUGAAAUAUUUCUCCAAAAUGUCCCACAGUUCUUUGAAAGAAAAUAAUUGCAAUUCAUGAAAAUAAAACAUCAUGAAUAUUC